AUGGAGGAGGCGCAGAUGCAACGAAAGACCAAGAGCAGGAAAAGACGUUGCUUUAUUUUAAUACUGGUGAUAGUUAUUGUGGUGGUCUGUGCUGUUGUGUUGGGGCUUAUUCUGCAGAGGACGCGGGAUUUCAAAAGUGUCUUCACGUCCAGAUGCGUGGAGUACGGAGGAUACGACUGUGAGAAGACCUGGAGUACCUUUGAGCAGGCCUACAUGGGGAAGGAUCCGUGUCAGGUGCCUCCGGAGUCGUACCAAGCUCUGAUAGAGGCGGCCCCCAUAAAACCUGCCUGUAACAGGAUGAUGUUCUGGAGCAAAACAAAAGAUGUGGUCCAUGACUUUACCACAAAGAAAGAGUGUUACGUCACCAUGGAGGACACGUUUGUGGGAUCUCUGCUGGACGGCCUGACGUGGUGCAGCAAAGAGGGCAGCAAAGACACCUUCACCUCCGGUUGUCCCGGGUGGUCCGACUGCGUCAACAACACGGUCCGCUCGUUUUGGAACCAGGCUUCAGCUUCAUUUGCACAAGCCGCCUGCGGUAAAGUGUCCGUCAUGUUGAACGGAUCCAUCGCCGCCCCCUUCAGUCCCGGCAGUAUAUUUGCAAGUGUUGAGGUCAAGAAUUUCAACCCGGCCAAAAUGGAGAAGCUGGAGGUUGUCCUGGUCACGCAAGAGACAAUAUCAAACUGCUCGAGUACGUCUUUAAAAAACCUGCAGAAAGAGCUGCCCCAAGGCAUCGCUUUUGGCUGCACAGAGGUUCCAGAGUCACGGAUCGAGGACUGUGCCUCGCAGCCGGACCUGCCCUGUGGCUCGUGUUGGUGA